AUGCAGCGUGCAGCCCCCUCUAGUGGACCAGCAGAUUCCACGGUCUUGAUGUUGCCAGCCACAGGGCCCACAGACGCAGCCGGCAACCAGCAGCUUCACCUUCACUAUUGGCCUUUUGCCACUAGUGACCUGUACAAUUGGAAAACUCAGAAUGCUAAAUUUUCAGACAAUCCCAGAGAUUUAACUGACCUCCUAGAGACUAUUUUGUUUACUCACCAGCCUAUCUGGGACGAUUGUCAACAGCUCCUCCAAAUUUUAUUCACUACUGAGGAACGUGAGAGAAUCCAGAUGGAAGCCCAGAAAUCUGUCUUGGGGGAUAACGGGCAGCCCACUACUAAUAUAGAUGUGAUUAAUGCUACCUUCCCUCUGACCCGUCCUAACUGGGACUACAACACGGCUGAAGGUAAGGAGAGACUCCGGGUGUACCACCAGACUCUAAUGGGAGGUCUCAGGGCAGCCGCAAGGAAGCCCACCAAUUUGGCUAAGGUAGGUGAUGUACAGCAAGGGAGGGAUGAAAGUCCGGCUGCUUUCUUAGAAAGAUUAAUGGACACAUUUCGUCAAUAUACCCCCAUGAAUCCAGAAGCACCUGAAACUAAGGCCACACUAAUCAUGGCCUUCGUAAAUCAAGCAGCCACAGACAUUAGGAGAAAAUUACAGAAAAUUGACAGACUAAAUGAAAAAAGUAUUCAGGAUUUAAUGUUAGUUGCAGAGAGAGUUUAUAACCAUAGGGAAAGUCCAGAGGACCGACAGGCCAAGGCACUAGCGGCAGCCAGUGACCGGAACACCCGGAACCUUGCAAAAAUCUUGCUCGCCUCAACAACCGGAAGUGCCAAAGAGAGAGAACAGCAACUACAAAAAAUUGCAAAAUACAAAGACACCAGGGCGCAACAUUCAAUCUUACUUAAACCUCAAGGGAAAUUGUCUAAUAAAACCUCCUGGGUUCAAGGAGCCACAGGAACAAAACAAUAUUCAUGGACUACCCGAAGAACAGUAGAUCUCGGUGUGGGACGAGUAUCCCACUUGUUCAUGGUAAUUCCAGAGUGCCCUUAUCCACUUCUCGGGAGAGAUAAACUGACCAAAAUAGGGGCACAAAUCCACUUUCAAAAAGGAGGGGCAACCGUUAUGGACAGUAAGGGCCAGCCUAUUCACGUGUUAACUGUGAAUCUGGAAGAUGAAUAUAGGCUCCACCAGCAACCCCCUCCUCCCCCGUCUGAAGACAUAAAACAGUGGCUAUUAGCUUUUCCCAAAGCAUGGGCUGAAACUGGAGGUGUAGGGUUAGCAAAACCUAGACCACCAAUUUAUGUACAAACUAAACCUGGAACGGACCCAGUCAGAGUCUGACAGUACCCUAUGUCACGAGAAGCCCGAGAAGGUAUAACUCCUCACAUCCGGUGCCUAUUAAAACUAGGAAUACUCCGACCCUGUCAGUCUGCGUGGAACACUCCUCUACUCCCUGUUCGGAAACCUCACUCCAAUGACUACAGACCGGUGCAAGACCUCCGAGAGGUCAAUAAACGGGUCAUAGACAUUCAUCCUACUGUUCCUAACCCAUACGCCCUCCUUAGUUCUUUACCCCCGGAUCACCAGUGGUACUCAGUCUUAGACCUUAAAGACACUUUUUUCAGCCUACCACUGGCCCCAAAAAGCCAGGACCUGUUUGCCUUUGAAUGGACUGACCCGACAGAAGGCAUUAGCGGACAACUGACCUGGACUAGGUUACCGCAAGGGCUCAAAAUUUCACCCACGAUCUUCGAUGAAGCGCUGCACGAAGACCUGGGUAAGUUCCAAUUCCACCACCCCGGUCUCACACUAUUACAAUAUGUAGAUGAUCUCCUAGUUGCUGCAGCAGACUACGAGACCAGCCUCCAAGGAACCAGAGACCUGCUCCAAACACUAGGAGAUGGGGUACCGAGCCUCAGCCAAAAAGGUUCAACUUUGCCAGUCCGAGCUCAAGCGCACGGAAUCCAAGCUGACCUACAAGACACCCCUUUACCAGAUGCCGAUGUUACCCGGUAUAUGGAUGGGAGCAGCUUUGUGCGUGAUGGACAAAUGUAUGCGGGGGCAGCAGUGGUGAUGGAAACUACAAAAAUUGGGCUGAGCCGUUAUCGGCCGGAACAUCAGCCCAACGAGCUGAACUAA